GAGGAGCUCCCGACCAGCUCUGCUCAGAGUGUGCUGCAGAAAGAUGGAAGCGGGGGGGGGGGGCGGGAGAGAAACACCCACACUCCCACCCAGGCACACAUGUUCCAAGCCAAAUCACCAGUUGCUUCUGUUCUGCUGGCUGCACGGUGCCACUGCAACUGCGUAGAGGCUUGCGGGGGGGGGGGGACCUUCAGUUCGGCUGGAAGAGGAGGCGGCAAGCAGUGGGAAAGGGAGAGAGAUUGGAGUUCCUGGCCUGUGCAUUCGGAAGCCCCAUGCUGCCCCCUCAGCAGGCAGGGCCUGGCGCUGCCUGAACGCCCCACGUUUCCAGCAUGCAGCUGGAAGAAGAAAGAAAGCUGCGUAUCGAGCAGGCACUGGCGUGGCUGAGGAGAGAACUGUUAGAAAUGCAACUCCAGGACCAAGAGCUGCUGGAGAAGUUGUUGCAGCUGCACAGUACCUUACGGGAGCUGAAAGCAGAGUGUGCAGACUGGGAGAGCUCCGAUCCCAACAGGGAUGUGUUUGGGGCCAGAGCCCGUUCGUGUUCGGAGGACAUGGGAGCCCCAGUCCUGUCAAGAAGGUCCUUCAAACUCGGAGCGAACAGAAGAAACUCCCUCCCAUGACAAAUCAAGGGUGGAUGCAGGGGCAGGGGGUCAUCAGUCAGUGCAAACAGCUUCUUUGGCAUUC